AUGGCUCCCAUCACGGAAGAGAUCAUCCAUGGUCUCAAGGACACCAUCGGGAAGCUUGAGGCUCGCAUUGAGGACCUGGAGGGUCGCCUCACCAGUGAAGUCAAGCCCAAGUCUGUUACUGAGCAUAUGCGCAUCAUCUUGAUGGGACCUCCCGGUGCUGGCAAGGGUACUCAGGCCCCCCGGCUCAAGGAAAAGUACUGCGUCUGCCACUUGGCUACCGGUGAUAUGCUGCGGUCUCAGGUUGCCAAGAAGACUGAUCUCGGAAGAGAGGCCAAGAAGAUCAUGGACCAGGGAGGUCUGGUCAGUGACGAGAUCAUGGUCAACAUGAUCAAGAGUGAGCUUGAGAACAACACCGAGUGCAAGAAUGGUUUCAUCCUCGAUGGAUUCCCGCGCACUGUUGCGCAGGCCGAGCGCCUGGACGACAUGUUGGCCGAGCGCCAGCAGAAGCUCCAGCAUGCCGUUGAGCUGCAGAUUGACGAUGCUCUGCUGGUUGCUCGUAUCACCGGGCGUCUGGUCCACCCGGCCUCCGGACGCUCUUAUCACAAGAUCUUCAACCCUCCUAAGGAGGAGAUGAAGGAUGAUAUUACCGGCGAGCCUUUGAUCCAGCGUUCUGACGAUAACGCCGACACUCUCAAAAAGCGUCUCGGCACCUACCACGCCCAAACGGCUCCUGUGGUUGAUUACUACAAGAAGACCGGUAUCUGGCGUGGUAUCGACGCCAGCCAAGAGCCUGGCCAGGUGUGGAAAUCGCUCUUGGGGGUUUUCCAGAAGCCCUAA